UUCUUUAAGGUGUUUCAGAUGUUCAGAUGGAAAUCUUGCAGCAAUCGGACCUUCUGGAUGUGCAGGGGUUGAAAAUCGAUGAUUAUGACAACAAAAUGCUUGCCAUUUGUGUUAUUUGUAAAUAUGUCAUGAGGAAAGUAAUAGUCGGUGUUGGAAAAACUGUUUCUAAGGACGAGGUCAAUCGGCAGCUUAAUACGAUCUGUAGAAAAAUAAGAAUACCCGGAUGUAGAAACUUUGUGCGAAAAUAUAGAAAUAAACUGAUCAAUGAUCUGCUCGCUGGUGCCCGAGCCCACACCAUCUGUGUUCACCUGAAACUGUGCAAAAAUAUGUAACUGUGUGAAUGUUCAAGCAUGAUUUGUAAUUGACCAUUUUUUUGUCAUUUCCUCAUCUUAUCAUUUGUUAACCUUUAUAAUUUGUAACUUUGAAACCUGUAAGUUAAACAUUUGAUCAAAAUAAAGGUAAAUCA